AAUUAAUCACUAAUUUUAUAAAAAUAAUAAAAAUACAGUAAAAAAAAUUCAAUAAUGAAAACUAUAAUAUUAUUAUUUCUAGCAUUAUUAUGCUCAACAUAUUUUUCGGAAACUGCGGGCGAUUUAGGCGACGAUUUGCGCCGUGAAGUCGACACCGUUAUCGAUGGCACUGUCCAGGAGGUGGACCAGGAGGUCCUCAAACUGAUCGAUGAACUGCGUAAACCAGUGUUCAACAGGACUGGUAUGUUAACCAGGGAUCAGUUAUUGGCUAAAAUCGAUGAUUUGAUGCUCAACUCUAAGACCGUUGAGGAAAGUCUAGCCAAACAACACCAGUCCGUAUGGGCCGAUGGUCUGGAAAAAUUGGACGCACGGCUCCUGGGUUUGGACAGUCAGAUACGCACCGAUGAUCAGUUAGAUCCGGGGUCGGAGGUCGGUAGGUUAGCCCUGGAGGGAUUGACGGCACAGGUAGCCGAUGAGGAACUGGCUCUGGAUAGGGAGAUUCAGCGUAUUAAUGAUGAAUUGAAUAGACCGGUAACAGCUCCGGGAGGUAAUGAUAUAAUUGGGGAUCUAAUGAAACAAGGUGAAAAACUUGUCGAGACAGCUAAACAGUUAGUCGAGGAACUGGAGCUAAAAGGUCACAGUGUUGAAGCCAAGGCACUGCAACUGCUGGAGGACGCGGUUAUUGACGGCAUGCAAAAGCUCCGGGAUUUUCAUCCUAUACUACCGCACGAUCGACUAAUUCAACAGGAAUUGGAACGCCUACUGAAAUGGGCUGAACAAAAACUAGAUGAUUACAUACAUAAGCUUAUACCUACCGGUGCCCAACAACAACAACAACUGUCCAAUGAUAGUAAUGAUAUAUUUUCGGAUUUACUGAAAACGUGUGAAAUGUUAGUAGAAAAGGCCAAACUGUUAGUCGAGGAACUGGAGCUUAAAGGUCGCAGUGUUGAAGCCCAGGCACUGACACUGUUGGAGGACGGGGUUAUCGAUGCCAUGCAAAAGCUCCGGGAUUAUCAUCCAAAGUCAGCUAUAGGACGGGCCAUACAACGAGGUUUAGCCGAUGCGCUGAAAUGGGCUGAAACUAAACUGGAUGAUUACAUACAUAAGCUUAUACCUACAUUAUCAUCAGCUACCGGUGCCCAACAACAACUGGUAGUCAACGACAACAGUAAUGAUAUAAUAGGGGAUCUAAUGAAACAAGGUGAAAAGCUUGUCGAGACAGCCAAACAGUUAGUCGAGGAACUGGAGCUUAAAGGCCAUACAGUUGAAGCCAAGGCACUGCAACUGCUGGAGGACGCGGUUAUUGACGGCAUGCAAAAGCUCCGGGAUUUUCAUCCCAUACUACCGCACGAUCGCCUCAUUCAACAGGAAUUGGAACGCCUACUGAAAUGGGCUGAACAAAAACUAGAUGAUUACAUACAUAAGCUUAUACCUAACGGUGCCCAACAACAACUGUCCAAUGAUAGUAAUGAUAUAUUUUCGGAUUUACUGAAAACGUGUGAAAUGUUAGUAGAAAAGGCCAAACUGUUAGUCGAGGAACUGGAGCUGAAAGGACGUACAGUUGAAGCCCAGGCACUGACACUGUUGGAGGACGGGGUUAUUGACGGCAUGCAAAAGCUCCGGGAUUAUCAUCCAAAGUCAGCUAUAGGACGGGCCAUACAACGAGGUUUAGCCGAUGCGCUGAAAUGGGCUGAAAAUAAAUUAGACGAUUACAUACAGAAGCUGUUAAAGUAAUUUAAAUAUUAAUGAAAAAAUAUGAAACAAUUAUAUGAUAAUAAUAAUAAUAAUA